UGGCAGCUCGCAAGCACUGUAAACAUUUCACUGCAGAGUCAAGCCCGGUCCAGCUUCGUUCUUGAACACCUCCUUUCCCCGAGUUUGUCCCUUGUCAAGACACAAUAAUGUUCCGCACCGCAGCUACGAAGAGCCUCACGGCGGGCAUCCCUUCAAUUGGGGCCAGAGCCUUUAGCACCUCUCCCGCUACGCAGGCCGCCGCCGAGGUUCACAAGGUGGCCGUUAUUGGCGCCGGUCAGAUGGGUUUGGGAAUCGCAUUGGUUGCUGCUCAAAAGGCUGGUGUGCCUGUCACUUUGGUUGAUAACUCUCAAGCCUCGCUUGACAAGGGCCUCAAGUUCGCCGACAAACUCCUCGAGAAAGACGUCGCCAAACAGCGCAUCACAAAGGACGCAGCCGUAAAAAUCCGUUCCAUGCUCACGCCCACUACAAAACUCGAAGAUGUUUCAGAUGUAGACUUCGUCAUCGAGGCAGUUCCCGAGAUCCCCGAUCUCAAAGCAUCAAUCUUCUCCAAACUCGCCCAGGUCGCUCCCAAGCAUGCCAUUCUCGCGACCAACACCUCUUCGAUCUCCAUCACCAAGAUCGCAGCUGCCACCACCACAGAUCCAAAGGACCUGUCUAACUCAUCCAGGGUGAUUUCGACUCACUUCAUGAACCCAGUGCCCGUUCAAAAGGGCGUGGAAAUUAUCACUGGCCUACAAACAUCCCAGGACACCAUCGACACCGCGCUCGAGUUUGUCAAGCGCAUGGGCAAGAUUCCCGCUCGGUCAACCGAUUCUCCUGGGUUCUUGGCCAACCGCAUCCUCAUGCCAUACAUCAACGAGGCGAUCUCCUGCUUGGAAAACGGCAUCGGAACCCGCGAGGAUAUCGACAGCAUUAUGAAGUACGGCACUAAUGUGCCCAUGGGCCCACUUACUCUGGCGGAUUUCAUCGGAAUUGACACCUGCCUCGCAAUCAUGAACGUCUUGCAUCAAGAGACUGGCGACAGCAAGUACCGACCUGCUGGCUUGUUGAAGAAAAUGGUCGAUGCUGGAUGGCUAGGCAAGAAGACCGGAAAGGGAUUCUAUGACUAUUAAUAAUAUUAUAAAAAUAGCGUCUGGGAUUGUCGAAAACGGUGUUAAAAUGUUCGUUUUGUGUGUAUAUAUGUAGAUCUGG